AUGAAAGUACCCGAAACAAAAAGUUCAGAUAUUUUAGAGGAAGAUUCUCAAUAUGACUUUGAUGAUUGGGAGAGCAUGAGGGAAAUGAAACGCAAAAAGCGAAAAGGAGAUCCUCGGGGUCGUUAUUUUGUCAGCAGUUCCAAGUGCAGUAUGCCCUUUGUGGAUCCUUUUUCCAGCGAGGCAUUAGCUAUUCUCCAGCCGGUGAAAUUCAAGACCUGCACCAAUGAAAGUGAUCUCUUUAUGCUGAAGUACGAUAUGAAAUUGCAGCAAUAUCGACUGCGUGUGAAUUCAGCUGUGUUAUCCGAAUUAUCACAUUCGAAAAACAAAAUCAGCUGCAAAUAUCGGGAGAUUGACGAUGGCAUUAAUGUGAAGGCAGAAGAGUUUGUUAAAAAAAGCUUCCAACAAUACGCGGUUUUAGGCAGGAAAUCAAGUGGCAUACUAGCGGAGUGCCAUGAAGAGGGAAAACCCUUACAGAUUGUACAACAGGAUGCAUUUCCUCUGGUGCAAAUACCCAACAAGACACCGAUUACUAGCUCCCAGCAGCAGAAUAAAAAACCCAGUAUCAUAAUGCUGGGACUGGAUAGUCUUUCACGAAUGAAUUUCAAGCGAACGAUGCCGAAAACUUCGGGAUUUCUAAAAGAUCUCGGAUUUUUGGAGAUGGAGGGUUACAACAAGGUGGGCGACACUUUGUUUUCCAAUCUCUGCGCUAUUUUUGCCGGUGCACAUUCCGAUACAAAGUGCCUGAAACGGUUCAACUCAAUAUGGAGGAUGUUCAAGGAAGCCGGCUAUACAACAGCAUUUGCUGAGGACAUCCUGCAUUCGUCCAUUCCUCUGGACAUUCUCACCGAUUAUCAACUUAAUUCCCUGCUAACAAUGGUUGCCGAAACAAUGAGUAAAUUCCAAAGAUUCGGCUUUGAAUACUGCCUGGGUAGACGUCUCAGUUUCUCGUAUUUGUACGACUUUUGCAUGCAGUUCGCGCAGCGAGUGAUCGAGGAGCUAAAUCAGCCGGCAUUCGGAUUGUUUUGGAGCUCUACUUUCACCCAUAAUUACCCACUGGGUUCCAUCAGUCUGGAUGAUAAGUUCAUGAAGUAUUUGGAGAUGAUGCGGAGGAAUCGGAUAUUCGAACCGUCCAUUGUGAUAGUGCUCAGUGAUCAGGGUCAAAAGGCAGGAAACCUGGUUGAGUUGCCCGAUUCUUUCCUCGAAGAACGUCUGCCCAUGCUACAUAUAUAUCUGCCGAAAUGGUUCCAAGAAACGUAUCCAAAGUUUGCCGAAAACCUGAAUAGAAACCGCAAUCGGCUGACUUCGCCAUUCGAUUUGCACAAUACCCUAAGACAUUUACUUCAGCUUAAUGCCUCCAGUCCCGAGGAACUACCAACUCCAAUAUCAUAUUUUCCCACCAGUCAGUCCCUGUUUCACCUGGUUCCCGAGAAUCGUAGUUGCGCGGAUGCCGGCAUUGGAAUGCAUUGGUGCACCUGCAACGAGUUUGUUCUCCUUCCGAACGAUGGUAGUUCCUACUAUUUGGCCAAAGUACUGGUGUACCACAUCAACCAAUGGAUGCUGAGGAAGAAGUUCAAUCGGUUCUGCCAGCAGAUACAUCUAUAUGAUCUCGAUUAUGUCGAAAGAAAGUUGAUAAUUGAUGAUAGCACCUACGGACAGGUCAAAACCUAUAGUCUGAGGAUACGCACCUAUCCACUUGACGGAGUUUUCGAGGCCACAAUACGCUAUAGUCGGGAUCUUAACGAUAUAGUUGAUUUUAAAAGUUCGGAUGUCAGCAGCAUGAUCAACUAUCACAAUCACUCGAUGUGUGUGGAUGAUAGAAGGGCCAAGAAGUUUUGCUUUUGUUAUCCAGAAAACUUGGAUGAUAACAUGAAGGAAUGGAGAACAUUAAAAGAGAAGAAGAAGUUUGGAUCACUCAAAAAAAGAAAUCCCCAAUAA